CAUCAAGGCGCCCACGCGUUUCCACGCAGUUCAGCUUCACUCGCUCCCGUCGCUGGCGGCAAUGCCGGUAACCUGUGACGAAGACGACGGGGGAAAGCGCUGUGUUCAGUGCAACCGGCCGACAAUACUAUCCUCUACACUGUCAUGCGAUGAGUGCGACGAAUCAGCCUGGCGUCCCACCCUCCGAUCCGGACAACAGCCCUCUGAGGCGGAGCGAGCGACGCUCGAUGCCGAACUCGCUACUCUACGAGAGUCGGCGGACGCUCACGAAAAGGAGCUUCAACGGAUUCGCGCACGACUGGACACAUUGCAGCCAUACAUUGAUCGCCGGGUAUGCCUCUUGCAUUCCCCUAUCCGUCGCCUACCCGACGAACUGCUGGAGGAAGUCCUGCUCCUGCUAUGGCACUCACGAGACCUCGACGAAAGCAAAAGAUGGAUCUGGAUGAGAACGAAAGGGAGCGCGGAUCUUCCGGCUUUGCUGCCUUCGCAUGUGUUCGCGCCCCCGCACGUAUGUUCGUGGUGGCGUACCCUCACAUUAUCACGGCCUGCACUGCGACCCUGCAUUUACAUUCCCCGAGAGGCCCUCAUGGCUUUCGAACCGAACUCUCGCCGUGUUGUCCCUGAAAGGUUAAGCCGGAGCUUGGCUUCCUUGCCGUAUCGCGAGUUCAACAUCCACGUCAUGCACAUGGAUAUAUCUCCUGAUUCGGCUGUAUCACUGAAUAGGCAGCUGCUGCACACUCACAGAUGGAGACGUGCGGCACUCGAUAGUCUACCGUGGACGACGCUAGAGGAGCUGGCUACUUCGCCUUUCCCGCAUCUCCAGCAUAUGCACAUCACAUUGGGAGCUGUACACGAGUGGCACGAUGCUUCAUGGAUUGGCGAUGGAUCUGACCCUCGGCCACUGCUUUUAGGCAAUGCGCACCAGCUCACCAGCAUAUCCCUGGAAACGUCGAUCUUGGACCCGGACGCCGUCCUGGUCCCGCUGCAACGUCUUCCCUUCGUAUUGCCCUGGUCACAACUGCGCAUCGUCCAUGCAUACAGUUGCCCCCUUCGCAUCUGCCUAGAAAUCCUCUCCCAGUGCUCGUUGCUGCAUUCACUGGAGUGGCGGGACGAACGAGAUGAGGAUGUUAUAGCCGUGCAGGACGUCAUGCCGGUCGAACGGAUCGACGCCUCCAUCCGCCAUGUGGCCAUACGCCACCAUUGGGCCGUUUCACUCGUGGCAUUGGAGAAUUUCCUCGAGUGGAUCAACAUGCCUAACCUGAUAGACCUGGAAGUGUGUCAUGUACCCUCCGAUUAUCUCUUACCUCGACUGGGACAAUAUGGGUGUCAUCUCACAUCACUGACCCUCGUUGUCUCUGUGCGUUGGAUGUCACCCUCGGAUAUCUCCAACAUUCUGGAGGCAACGCCUGAACUAGAAUCUCUCGCUUUCGUAUAUGAUUCAGCCAGCACCCAGGAGCUCGAGGAUUUGGGCGAGGAGAUGCACGAUACGAUGGAGGGCAUCCUGCAGGCACUUUGCGAUACUCUGACGCUCACAGAGGAUUCGAAACUGCCGCCAGGUUCACGCUUCUUUCCGGACCUGUCCCCUCACAUGCACCUGCGUAGGCUGAGGUCAUUGUCCUUCCGGUGCGAAGAACGGUGCUUCGACUGCAUCUAUAGCUGUAUGCUGCGCGAUUGGCCCCCGGACGAGAAACCUGUACGACACCUGAAAGAGGUCAGACUCGCAACGCCACUCUCGCCGAAGAACAUUGGGGAGAUCAGGGAUGCGGCAGCGGAGCUGUGUCUUGAGGUCUAUGGCCUCGAUACGUGCUCUGCCAUGUACGAGACCCUCUUGCCCCACGACUGGCAACCACCUACCCUUACAUCCAGAAAAGAUAAUCCGAAUCCUCCGGAGUGGUGAAGAGCUGCGUCUACAGAUGUACAUCGGAAGCAGUGGCUUGACAAUGUCGAGAUGCUCCCUUCGUCACGGCCCUGCAAUCUCUGCUUGCUGGACUAUGCGCCUGCCGAGUUCCCGUAGCUGAUCCGGCGGCAGUACCCUGUCGUUCUGACUGUCGAGCCACCCUAGCGUAUUCUGCGCGACGGACAGAGCUGCUUGUGGCACUCCCGCUAAAGCAGCGACUCGCAAAGCGUGACUCCUCCGGUUGACGCCACGACGGAGGCGAUAUGCGUAUGCAAUGUGACUAGACUACAAUCGUUGUGAGAUGGAAACGAAGCGCUUCAACGUAUGACUCACAUCUGCGUCGUACACGUCUGUGCAAAAGAAUGCUACAUCCUUG